AUGACGGAAGCAGAGAUCCAGAAGAUGAUUGACGAGAUCAACGACAAGUUCGUGGAGGCGCGGGACGAGAUCGAGUUCGCGCAGGAGGACGCGGAGACGACCUACUUCAACGAGAGCUGCGAGGCGGCGAGGGAAAUCACGCAGGAGGCUCUAGACAUGUUCAACGCCCUGCUGUCGCGGCUGGACGACGACGAGCGCGGGAAGCUGCAGCGGUCGAUGGGCAUGAAGAUGGAGCAGCUCAAGGCCGAGCUCGAGCAGCUGGAGACCAUGCACGACUGA